AUGGCGAAGCCAACACAGCGCAGGAGCUCGGCAGCAGCGCCGACAGCGGCCCCGCACCGCGUCGACGCGGCAGCGCUGGCGAAGCGAGGAGGCAAGCAAGGCGAGCUUGCUGGCGUCUUUCUCGAGGUUCUCGAGGUGGAUAUCCUUUGGCCGCGUUGGCAGCCGGUCGACGUCGGCGACAAGCGCGCGGCCGUCGGGCGCCUCCGAACCGACAGGGGCGCCGUGGCACGGCUCUCCUCGGUCGGCACCAGAGCGCUCCAUCAGAACGCCAGAGCCUGUCCUGGGGCGGGUCCCCACGCCCUUAGCCUUACAACCAUACGCAUAAAAAACCCGGACUCAAUCGAUUGUACUGCGGUGGAUGAGAACCUCUUCGAGAUUGGGAGCGGCGUCACCUCCUUCACUGGCGGUGUGUGGAUCACGUCGGAGCCAGUGCUCCUCCGCGGCAGCUCCGAGGCAACCGCAGUAGCAGAGAAGCCAGUGCGCGCCUUCCUCAUCGAUACCGAGGGCUUCAGCGGCGUGGGAAGCCUCACCUCGCGCACGUAUGAAGCGAACAUGUUUGGCAUCACCUACCUGCUCUCCUCGGCGGUCGUCUACAACUCGAUGUUUCCGGUGGACGCGUCCACCGUCAGCCAGAUGAACCGGCACGCGCUUCGAACGAUGCAGAUGAUCAAGUCGCUCUCCGACGCGAACGUGUGGACGCACCGUCGCCAGCCGAGCUUUCUCUGGUCGGUGCAGUCGUUCAACAUGCACCAGCUCGCCAACACGGGGCUGGACGCCGCCGCACUGCUCUCCCACCUCCGGAACGCGUCGAGCAAGCCGGAGGCGGGCGCCGCUGCAAUCACCUCCCUCAUCGCCCCGACCGGCGCGUCGUCUUCGGCGGCCUGGCUCGUGGAGCGCCUCUUCGAGUCGCCGACGCUGCUGCCGAUCCGCAGGCCGCACGCCGACGACGAGGUGGUCGCUAAUCUCGCUGCGCACAAGAGCGCCGAGCUUUCCCCGGCGAGAUGUAGCCGAGAUGCGGCCGCGCUGUGCGGCUAAUGGCGCGUCAAGUCGCCGACGAGCGGCACCACCUUCCGGCCUACCUCGCCGACGCGGACGCUCUCCGCGCCGCCACCCUGCGGGGCUUGCAGCCUGUGCACCGCUGCGGCGACGCCCAGCCACGGCGGGGGGGGGGGCGCUUGCUGUUC